AUGCCAGUCGCAAUGAUGGAAGAAAUCUCAGUUGAAGUUGUUAGCCCAAGUUCUUGGGUAGAUAGAAAAAAUAUCAAACUGUGUGGAGAUGGUACUGAAAAAUCACAAGAGCUCGGUGAUGAUAAGCUUUUUUU